AUGGUGAAGCUCAACAAGGCUGGAGGUGGCGGUGAGGGCGAGAGCCAAAGCAUCAUCAAUUUAGAUGACUUCCUUGCCGGCUUGACUGCAGCAUCCUUGGCUGAGAACAAGGUUUUGCAGAGCAUCCCAGCAGUGGCGGCUAUGAUGACAGACUUCGCAUCUGCGGUGGAAUCCGUGUCACAACUGCUGCGAUGGGUUUUUCUGCGAGAGCCGGCUUUCAGCCAGGUUGCCAGCAAGCAGGAGCACGUUUCGCCUGAGGCUCUCCAAGUUUGGGCCGAUGCGGCUGAGAGCCGCCUCAGCAGCUUGGUCGAAGACCCCCAGGUUCUCCUCAGAGUCCAGACGAAGCUUGUAUCGCCGGUCAAGCUCGAGCUCGCGCGGCUCUACUCAGCUGGCUUGGACAGCGUUGCGCCGAUCGUGGACCAGCUCACAGGAAACAUGUUAGGAGCGGGAUUGACAAAAGGGCUGUAUGAGGAUUUGAUGAUCAAGAUCCCCUCGAACCACAAACUCGCAAAGCUCGUGGACGCAUUUGCCAAGGUGGCCAUGUUCCCGUCCAAGGUGUCUGAGAAGGACCAGGUGCGUUCUUUCAUCCAGUCCUUGAAAACGCUUUCUGAAGAGCUGGCCCGGGUUAUAAGCCAGGGCCCGGAGAUUGAGGCGGCAGAUUUGCUCAGAACAAAAAUCGCCGAUCCUACAACCAGAAACUUUCUUCAUCAGCAAGUUUCUGCUCUUCACCAGCGAUUGACCACCGUUUCGAGCAAUUUUGUGAAGGAUGCAUGGGCAAAGCACGGUGAAGUCGCCUCGAUUCUUGAUGAUUUGCCAUCGCCUGAUGCAAAAAAGGAAGAGACCUAUCGAACCGCCAUGCUGCAACAUUGUGGCACUUUAGCGCAGAAGUCAGCUAGCGUUGGUGCCAUUUUAGAGACCCUGCAAAGCUUCAAAGCCGAGCUGGAAAUCUUAUCCAAGAUUCAGUUUGUGGACGGGUUGCAAAGCGGUCUGGAAUCGCAGGUAUCGUAUGAGCCAGCGGGAAGUGCAGACGUGUUUGCCGAACAGUGCAACAGGUCUGUGACCUUGUCCAAGCUUCAUGUAGCUCUGAUUGCUGCAAUUUGCUUGAUGAGGAACCCCUCGCUCACCAAGCGAACAGAGGAAGGCAAGACAUUGAUGGCCAAACUUAAGGAAGUUCAUCCGACUCUUGUCAAGCACAUCCAGGAUUGGAAGCCCUAUGCCACUGUGUCGACCCCAGGAUUUCGGGUCCGUGCUUAUGCAGAGACAUUGGCUGCUGAAGUUUUGGCCGUCAUCUCACCACAGGAUCCUGCCAAGACCACAGAUAGCAAGCGCAAGAAGAAGGGCAAGGCUGAUGAGGAUGAUGAUGAUGAAGAGCGCACAAAGGCAAAGUCUGCCAAGAAUUCUGAUGCAAAGGCGAAGGAGAAGAAAGACAAGAGUGACAAGAAAGACAAAAAAGACAAGAAAGACACGACCCCGGAGGAGCCCACGGAGAAAGCCAAGAAAGCUGUCAAGGACAAGGACAAGGACAAGAGUGACAAGAAACCGAGAGUGCUGGACUGA